AACCAGAAAUCGGUCGUGCAUUAACCAGGUAAAUUAAUGGUUGACUGAUUAUAAAGGUCAUUUAUACCCAUUGAAAUGUUUAUGGUCAAUUCUCAUGUCACUCUAGAUUUUUAUUAAGCCCUCGUAUUUCAUUGUGCAAAGAUCAAAAUUUCCAAUAUUUCAAUACAAACAAGGAUUAAAAUGUACCAAACAAAAUGAAUCUGAUUACUGGAAGUGUCUAUCUUACCCUUACAUUCAUCUGUAUUGAAUUGAUAUCUUCAAUUGAAGGUGCUGUUCCUAGUAAAGAGGUUAAGAAGAAGCCAAGACCUAAGAAAAAGAAACCCGAUUAUAAAAAUAAAUACCAUUGUUUGGUGUGUUUAGCUGAUUAUUCAAAUAAACGAAUAAACUUUAAGGAUACUUGUAUUAAUCCAGCUGUUAAUGUUUCUGAUGCUGAAGCCAAGUAUCUAACAGUUUGUCCUUCUGAUACAACAUUGUGUGCUUAUGAAUUGGUCACAAUUAACGACGUUUUCACGGCAAUUGAAAGGCGAUGUGCUACCUCUUGUACACCAAGUUGCUUUCAAUCAGGAUAUGGAACCGAGAAGACUAUUUGUACUUAUUGUUGUAAUAAGAGCAUAAAACCUGAAGAUUUUAAUGAUGAUACUGUUUAUGAAUAUAUUUGCGCUGGGGGAUUAAACGGCUCAAUGUUGACCAAUUUUGGGUUAACUCUGUUGGAGUUGGUUAUGAUUAUUCCAUCUCUUCAAAGGUUAUUCAAAUAUUGGUUGAGUGAACCAAUUUGAGCGAAAUUAGUCAUUUUUUAUACAAAUAUCCAAUUGACGUCAAAAUCGAUAGUUCAAAUGUACAUUAGACAAAUGUAUCCUUCAACUCAAAGUAUUGGUAUCGUUAUUAGAAAUAAAUUUCAAAACUUUAUUUAA